AUGGGACCCGGAGCGAAUAUAGCGGGUAACGACCGUACAUGGCGAAACUACCCGAGAGUAUGGACCAACGACCCGAACGCGAGAGCGAUCACAACGGGCGAUAGACAACCGAGAGAGCGAGACGGUGGCGACGGUGGAUUCGACCGCGCGUACGUUGCGGCACGAACACGCGGCGGUGCGGAGCGCGCGAACAACCGGUACUGGAACAACGCCAUCGGUACGGGCAAAGCGGCGUCUAACCGCGAGACGCGCAAGGGCAACGUUGUGAUUACCGAAAUAUCGAACGAAGACGAGCGCAACGGCGGAAGUAAGCCGAACGCGUCGAAAGAAACGGCGGACGUGAGAAGAAAGCGUCUGGCUGCAAUUAAAUUUAUACCGCGAGAUGAGAAUCGCGAGAUCGUUAAACGUGACAACGAAUCGACCGACAAGAGUCUCAGCAUAUUGCAAACGGAGACCGUGUUACGGGAUUUGGACGAAUUAUUCGCGACCGAGAUAGCGAAAGAGCAAACGGAACCCGAUGCACCGAUGAUAAACGUGCGAUUCGGUGACGUCGAGGUGAGAGCAUUAGUCGAUACAGGGGCGCAAUUGUCGGCGCUGACCAAGAAGCUGUACGACGUAUUGAGCGAGAAAGAUUUUCAAGUCAAGUACCGAAUGCGUAUGAGAUGUGACGAAAGCGGCGCGAGAUUCGAAUUCGAUCCGACAGCCGUGGAUAACGCCGUAGGAGGAGCGAUAAACGCGUUACGAGUAAACGCGACAAUUUUGAACGGCGAAGUUGAGAGUUUAGAAGCGAUACUACGCGAUAACGAGGAGGUAUUUAGACCGGAGAUCGGUGAAGUCAAGCACUACCGGCACACUAUCGUGUUGAAUUCGGAAAAACCGUUUAGGGGAAAGACCUACCCGAUUCCAGAGAAACAUUAUGGCGAGGUAGCGAAGUACAUCGACCGACUCGAGGCGCAAGGUAUUAUAGAAAGAGCCGCGACACCGUACAUCAGUCCUUUGGUGGCUGUUAUAAAACGCAACGGUGAUAUACGGUUAUGCCUAGAUGCCCGGGAGUUGAACAAGCGAACGGUCGACGAUCACGCGCAACCGCCAACGAUAGAGGAGGUGUUCCGACGUAUCGGACGAAAGCGAUAUUUCACGACACUGGACGUGUCGCAGGCGUUCUGGCAAAUACCGUUGGAGCCAGAUUCGCGAAAGUAUACAGGUUUUAUGUUUAACGGACAGUCAUACGUAUUUCGUAGAAUGCCAUUCGGAUUAAAGACCGCGGGGGCAUCCUUCACGCGAGCGAUGGGUUUAGCAUUGGGGGAAUCGGCGCGUAUUGACGAAAUUGCGCGAGGCGGGAUUUAG